AUCAGCAUGUUAAGUACCAUCAAGAGCUUUUCAGUGGGAUAUAACCCCAUAAACCAAAACAAUAUUUUCACCAGUGGAGAUUGCAUUGCAGGGCAAAUUACACUGGAGCUGGCAAAAGAGUGCGAAAUAUAUUCGCUCUGUGUUAAGCUUAAGGGAAAAGCAGAAGUCAGCUGGGUGGAACCAGAUGGGAAAAAAAGCAAAACCUACCAUGCCAAAGAGAAGUACUUCAGCAUCAAGCAAGUUAUCAUUGAGGAGAGCAAAGGCAGUAUCAAUAGCAAGGGCUGCCAUGUCUACCCGUUCACCUUUCAGAUCCCUGCACAAGACCUGCCGUCCUCCUUCCAAGACACAUACGGAAAGAUCGUGUACACACUGGAGGCCAACCUGAGCAGGUCGAUGAGAGCGGACAGCAAAGCUAAGACGCAGUUCACCAUCAGACACAAUGAGAGGCUGUACAGUGAUCCAUCACUGAUGAGCCGACAGCAGGACAUCACUGAGAAGAAACUGAAGCUCUUCUCAUCAGGAACAGUGAGCAUGGAUGCAAAUAUUGAGCGAACAGGCUUCCACCAAGGAGAAGGCAUAAAGGUCGUGGCCUCCAUUAACAACAAAUCGUCCCGUGACAUUAAGCCCAAGUACAUGUUGUAUAUGAAGAUUAGUUACUUUGCGAAGGGGAAGAGGAAACUUGAUCGCAAAAAAAUACUGAAGGAGAUGGGCGACCCCAUCCCACCUUCUGCAGAUCAGACUGUCACCAGGGUCAUCACCAUCCCUCCUGACAUGUGUGUGUCCAUCUUAAACUGUGACAUCCUCAGAGUGGAGUACAGACUCAAGGUCUACCUGGAUGUCAAGUACGCUGUUGACCCUGAGAUCAAGUUCCCCGUGGUCAUCCUGCCCGCUUUACAGGGUCCUGAUGGGGACAUACCAGGAGGAACCAGCUUCCUACAAAACCCACCAGCCUCUGGCCCUUUUGCUACACCUCCACCCUAUGAGGCAUAUGGGAUGUACCCCGUAUUAAAAGAUUCCACUGAAAAAUUAUAGACUCUCGAAUAUAGAUUUGGCAUCACAAAGUUUUGUCUUUUCUAAAAUAUUUGGGAUUAAUGAGAAUCUUCAGAGUGGGGAUGAAGGCAGUUGAUUAGCUCUUGUAUCAUUUGGUUGUCUGUAAAAAAAAUCUUUCGUUACCUGAUCUUAUAUUAUGUUUAAUGAGGAAUACUGACAUGUCGCAAAUUAUGUCAUGGCAAAUGUGUAUUUUGCUAUGCUUGCCACCUGAAUAUCAACAAUACAAUGCAAAUGUGCACAAUCUACUGUUCCUUGUUUUAGAGAUCACCUAGUGCCACACAGACAAAAUGCAGUUUGCAGUCUCUCUGGUGUCAACACAAGACUUGUAUAAAUACAUUUGUACUUUGGAAACUAUAAUAACGUUGUAUUAGACAAUCUCUUUUUCAAAAGCGUGAUACAAUUAUAGCCUACAAUAUCACAGUGUAGAAAUAGAUCUGUAUUAAAAACAUCCUCAUGUAAGGGAACAAAGGCACCCCUCUGAGUCCAGCUACUCUAAUGCAUAAUCUUUAUGGCAUAAUGGUUAAUAAGAAUAUAAACCAAUUCAAACUAAAGAUAAGCCUUCAGUCCCAAGAUGUUACCAAACUCUCCUGGACAUUUGACGAGUGUAUUUUUUCCGAUUGAAAAUAAAAUCCGAUUGAGUCACAUGCUGGCUGUGGUCAUACCUGUCGGCCAAAUAUGACAUCAUCUCACUAUAGAGGGCU